AGCGGCCCUGGCAGGAGAUGGCGCACGAGCCCGAGGGAGCAGCAGCGACAGCAGAGGCGACGACGUAGCGCAGCAGUGUCGCCCCGGCACUAGCUGAGCUCGUUGCGAGACUGGCGACGCAGCAAGCAUGCACCUCUCGCAGCCAUACUCGGCGCUUCGCCAAGGACGGCACUUCGGCUCGCAGCAGCAGCACCGCCUGGGCACGCCUCGCCGCUCACAUGCAUGUGCGGCGCGGCGAGACAAACGCAGAGUCGCCGGCACAGCCUGCGCAAGGUCGCGAUGCAGCCGUGCCUCAGACAAGCGGCCGAGACCCGCGCGUGCUUCAGAUCUGCGCACGCACAGGCAGUCACAGCGCGGGCUGCCGCACCGCUCACGGCCUGGGCGACCACACCGCGUCUGGCACUGCUCGAGUGUUCCCGGCCAGGCUGUGCCAGCGACGCCGCCGCGGAACGGCGCUCAGCUGCGCCCUGCGUCGACUAUGAAUAGGAUCUGAUUACACGCCUGUUCCAGCGUUGAUGCUCCACACCAUGCCACGCGAUGCAGUCUAGGCCGACUUGAGCUUCUCGCUCAGCUCCGGCACGGCGUCC